UUCAUCCCAGUUCAGUUCAAAUAUCAGCGAUUCAUAAUAUUUUUAUUUUUGCUAUGUGAAAAUAGUAUUUUACGAAACAUGAAAUGUGAAACAUUGCAAACAGAGAGCAAGAAAAAAGUUAAUUAACUUGUGCUUGAAUCAAUGCAUAAUCAUUAGAGUGAUUUAAGAAAAUUUAUAGAAAACAGAAAUUGCGACUAAAAAAAUUCUUUGUGAAGUUCUUUUUUUUUGAAAAUUUGGCAUAAAAAAUUUUAUAGAACAAAAAAAGGUACAAAGAAAUUUCCAUUUACGCAUUUAGUGUUUUAAAUAGCGAAAAUUAUAGUAAUUGGAUUAAAUAGGAUUUCUUAAGGGAGACGACAAAGAAUUUGAAAGAACAAACGGCAAUGUUAAAAUGGACAACGAGCAACCUCAUCAAGAACUGGUAAAAUGUGUAUUGGUUGGUGACACAGCAGUAGGAAAAACAAGACUAAUUUGUGCACGAGCAUGUAAUAAACAUGUCUCAUUAUCGCAACUGUUGACGACUCAUGUGCCGACUGUAUGGGCGAUUGAUCAGUAUCGCAUCUACAAAGAUGUUUUAGAAAGGUCUUGGGAAGUUGUCGAUUCCGUUAAUGUGUCACUUAGAUUGUGGGAUACUUUCGGUGAUCACGAAAAGGAUAGAAGAUUUGCAUACGGACGUUCAGAUGUUGUUCUACUUUGUUUCUCCAUAGCCAGUCGAGUUUCAUUAAGAAACUGCCGUCUUAUGUGGUACAAUGAGAUUCGACGAUUUUGUCCUCAAACUCCAGUUAUUCUUGUUGGAUGUAAAAAUGAUCUGCGAUAUAUGUACCGUGAUGAAACUUAUCUGUCAUAUUUUGGAGACCGUAGUCCAUUCGUUCGAGCCGCAAGAAAAACUGAUCUCGUUUAUCCCGACGAAGCACGUGCAGUUGCAAAGGAACUAGGAAUACAGUACUAUGAAUCCAGUGUUUUGACAUAUUUUGGAGUUAAUGAAGUGUUUGAAAAUGCUAUUAGAGCUGCACUUAUUAACAGACGUCGUGAAAGAUUUUGGAUGACCAAUUUGAAGCGUGUACAGAGACCAUUUUUGCAGGCACCUUUUCGUCCUCCAAAACCAGCUACUCCAGAGGUUUCAGUUCUUACUGGAAACUAUUCCAAAGAUAUGCUUAAUAUGUUCCACUCACAAUGCUAUACUGAUCUCGUUUUGGUUGCCGGAAACAUUCGUUUUGCUGUACAUAGAUUUAUGCUUGCAAGUUCUUCCAAUGCAUUUCAAAGAUUGCUUAAUAUGGACUUCUCAGCUGAUUUAUGUGCAAGAAGUUCCAGUGAAUCUAGUAUGGUAAGCUCCACAUUUGGUGAGUCAACGACAGCUGAUUUCAAUGACGACACCGAGUUUUUAAUAAGAACUGAACAGAAGCAGGCUUCAAAUAGAAUGUGGGAGCAAUUAAAGAGACGAUCAAGCUAUCAAGCUCUGCCAACAUUUGAGUCGAAAAAGGAUAUAUCUCGUGAUUUGCACCAUCCAAUUUUCCAGCAUAUUCGAAUUGUUUAUAUGGACGAGGAACGUAAUAGUAUUACCCAAACACAAACAAUUGUAACAUUAAGUAAAUUAGUAACCGCAAAAGCAAUGCAACAAUGUCUUAUGUUUAUUUAUACGGGUACCAUCGAUAAAGAAUAUUUGGAGUUACAGGAAGUACGUCAAGCAGCAGAACUUUUAGAAUUGCCACAACUUAUGGUUCUCUUAUCAAAUACACAAUCAAAUGAAAGUUUCAUGAAUGACGAAACAAUUCAGCAUUAUUCUGUGUACAUGAAACAAAAUCUUGAAAAGCAAUCGAUAGAUAACGGCAUGUUUGCUGACAUCACAUUCGAAUUGGACGAUGGAAAGAUGAAAGCUCACAGAUCAAUGCUUGUGGCUCGUUGUGAAGUAAUGCGAGCAAUGUUUUCGGGAAAUUUUGCAGAAUCAAAUGCGCAUAUAAUUUGUUUACCUGGCGUAACUGAAUAUACAUUCCAUAAAUUACUGUGUUAUUUAUAUACUGAUGAAAUUCCACCAAUAUCUGCCGAUAAAAGUUUAAAUUUACUUGAAUUAGCGAAUCGUUUAUGUUUGCCAAGACUAUUGAACUUGAUUGAAUGCCGCGUGAUUGAGAAUUUGACGAAAAUAUCACAGAAUGAGACAAUUGAGGCAAUUGAUUUAUGUUUAAAGCUUCUUGAGCCUGUUAAACUCCACAAUGCUCAUCAAUUAGCUGAAUGGUGUAUGUCCUAUUUAUGUGUAAACUACAACAGCAUUUGUCGACAUUUACCGAAAUCAUUGAAGCUUUUACAUGAAGAGAAUCAAGAUUAUUUGCGCGAGAACCGAUGGCCGCCAGUAUGGUAUCUGAAGGACUUUGACUACUACCAAAGAUGUCAAAAGGAGCAAAAGAUUGAAAUGAGUUUGAAUAAAAAGAACUGCCAUACAGAUGAUAAUGGUUGCUUAUGUUUCUCAGGAGUUUUCUUUUGGCUCACAGGUGGAAAGUCCAAAAGUCGUUCAUCAGCAACAACAAAGGUUGUAACAUCACAAGACAGCACGAGUCUUUUAAGUAAUCCAAAUUCCAUUAAUCAAUUGGAUCUUGAGGUUGCUGAUCUCUGACAUAGGUCAAUGCACGGGCAUCAAUGGAGAUCUGUACGAUUUGUUGUCAUUUUGCCCGUGCUUUUAUGUCUUAUAUGCUCGAUAUUGAGUAUUAUGAUAAUUUUUCAAAUUUACACAUAAUGGUAGCAGAUAAUUUUGCAUAUUAAAAAGGAAGUAAGAGGACAUUAAUAAUUAUUUUUGAUAUAUUUGACUUAUUGAAUUAAAUCUGUGUUUGAGGGAAUUUUUGGAAGUCUGGCAACUCUCAAAUAAAUUGUUAAAUUAUUAAUUUUGAAUGAAAAAUGUAUAAAUUUAAGAAUUUUGAAACCAGAAAAAUAAGUUUUGAUUUUAUUUGGUUCAAAAUUUUGAAAUCAAAAUUUUAGUUUUAAAUUCAAAAUUUUCAAAAGAUUUAAAAAAUUAUUGCAUUUUAAUUUAAGUAAAAUGGAUGAGAUUUGUAUAGAAAUUAGUUUCAGGGAAUUUGAGCAAUAUAAGAGAUUUUAAAGAAAGAUAAGUGCAUUUAGGACACAAAAGUGUAAAAGACGUUUGAAAAGAUAAAUUUUUAUAAAUUUAAAUUUUUUUUUCUCCCUCUUUGAUGACAAUCCUUUAAUUAAAAGGAGAUUUUUGAAGCUUCUGGAUGAAAAUUUUGGGGCAUGUAAAUAGCCAAAAUAAAAAUGAAAGUAAAUUCUAGUCAAAUUUGGAAUGUAAAUGAAGAUAUUUUGGAAAAGGUUAAAUAAACUAUAUCAACUAAACAAAAAAGUAAGCAUGACGCUUCACUGGCUGAAGACGUUAAAGAAGAAAAACAUUUUUUAUCCGCAAAUGAAACAUUUAAUAAAAAUAUUUUUAGGAUCAUAUGAUAAACGAUAUUGAAGCAAGGCUUAAUUUCUUCGAAAACCAAAACCUCAAUGCUUUUUGCUUCAAUGUCUUCCUUUACUUUAUCUAUUGAGAAAAAUUUAUUUAAACAAAAUCCUACAUAUUAAAAAAAUGAGCAAAAAUGAAAAUUUUAACUGCCGCAAUUUGUGAAGUAAUAAAAUUUUUAUAAUCCAAUUGCUGAAAUAAUAAGUAUAAAAUGUAAAACAUUUCCUUUUGUAAUUAAUUUAGAGCAUGACGUUUGGAUAAUAUUUCUAUAUUUUUUUCUCGCAUAAAAUGCAUUUUGAUCAAAUGUCAGUCUCUACUUUAAUUGUGCUAUUUCUACGUAUAUGUAGUUCCACAAAAAACAAUGAUAAGAAAUGCUUGAUAUAAAAAAAAUUUGUAGAAUCUUGAUUAGUGCCGAGACUUGUAAUCAGCAAAAUGCAA